AGCGGUCGAUCAAUAUGGUACUUGAAUAUUAAGGAAUUUUAUUAUGAAAAAAUCUGUGGAGAGCCCCAGUGCAGGCUGCAGCUUACUUGCUCGAGCUGCCCUCGGCCUCAUCCUCAAACUCAUCGUCGCUGCCGCCGUCGACCAGGAUCGGGUACGAGAUGCGGACACCAAAGAUGCCAAAGCCCUCGAGCCAUCCGACGACGUAGUGGCGGCCCGGAAUGUGGUAGGUCUUGAACGAGUCGAUGCUGGCGCCGGUAAUCUUCUCCAGCUGGGCGACAACAGCAUUGCGGUGCUCCUUGAGCAGCUGCAGGCCCUUCUCGGCGCCAGCAAGCUCAAUCUCGUUCUCCUCGAACGGAAGCUCCUCGUUGAGGUCGAUCACGUCAUCGGCACAGCCGCAGUCAUCACCGUGCUCGUGAUCGUGCUCCUCAUCGUGGCCGUGGUCGUGCUCCUCCUCAGUCUCCUCGGCGGCGGCCUUGCCCUUGCCCUUGAUGGCAGCCUCAGCGAGCGCCUUGAGCUCCUCCUCAUCCAUAUCCUCCUCAUCAUCAUCAUCCUCGUCCUCCUCGUCCUCCCACUCCUCAUCCUCCUCGUCCGAGUCCUCGUACAUGCAGUCCAUCUCGUGGUUGAGGGCGAGCUUGACAAACUCGGGAGCCUCCUCGGGCAGAGCAGCCAGCUCCCGCUUGUACAGGUGCUUGAUAUCAACAUUGUACAGGCAGAAGGGACGCACGUAGAUCUCGUCCUCGAUGUCCUCAUCGGCAACACCCUCCUCCUCGAUCGCAGCCUUGUCCUCCUCCGACAGAUCGUACUUGAUCUUGCCGUCAAGCUCCUUGCACAAGGCGCGGAUCUCGGGAUCGAUCUUGGAGCGAAUGACCAUGGCGCGGUGGCGGAGGGCAGACAGGUUGUCGUUGUCGCCAAAGAUGUGACCGAUGGGCGACAGGUCGGCGGCCAGCUUCUCGUUGAUGAUGUCCUUGAACUCGCCCUCGUACUCGCCCUCGAUGGCGGCAGCGAUCACCUCCUCCUGCAUCAUAUGGGCGAUGAACUCGCGGUAGAGCUCGUCGUCGCUCUUGUCGAAGGUAAUGUUCUUGUAGGACAUGGCAGUGGCAAGUGUAGAAAGGCCUGUACAGGGAAUAAAAUUGUAGAAUUGAGAAGAAUAGAGAAGAGCCGGAGCAGACUGCAGUGGCCCGGGCCUAAGUCGCUGGGCGGCUGCGACAAACACCAAAACAAAUUUUUCUAAAGGUGGCAAAUCCCUCAGUCAAAAAUUUUUUUUUCCAAGGUUGGGGAAUUGG